AUGCUGCUGGGACCGCUGCUCGUCCUGGCUAUCGGCGCGGCCGCUGCCGCCGCUGACCCACAGGCAAAGUACCGCCCCCUCCCCUCCCUCCGGGAGCAGGACGCCCUCGAGCGCAGCUGGGUCAAGGCGCGGCACGCGUUCGUGCCCAGCGUGCUGAAGAAGCACGGCUACGAUGCCUGGCUCCUCUCGAUGCGCGAGUACGGCGAAGACCCCGCGUUCCGCGCGCUGGUCCCCACGACGACGGUGUUCUCGUCGCGCCGCCGCACGACGCUGCUGUUCCACACCGACGCGUCGCUCCCGAACCCGAUAACCUGGAUCGACAACACGCCGGGCGUGUGGUCGAACCUCAACGCAACGCUGUACGCGCUCGACCCGGCGCGCAUCGCAGUCAACAUCGACCAGCACGUGGCCUUCGCGGACGGCCUGAGCGCCGGCGAGCGCGACGCGCUCCACGCCAACCUGGACGCGCGGUACGCUGUGCGGCUGGAACCGAGCCGCGAGAUCCCCGUCGAGGUCGUCGCUGCGCGCGUCGGCGGCGCGGCCCAGCUCGCCGAGUACCGCCGCCUGCAGGAAAACGUGUGGGCCAUGGUGGCUGAGGGCUUCUCUUCGCACCGCGUUCGCGUGGGCGAGACGACGCCGGCCGACCUCGAGUGGUGGUUCCGCGACCGGAUGCAGAACCUCGGCGUCACGACGUGGUUCCAGCCCAGCGUUAGCAUCAUCCGCAAGGACGGGACCGGCGACGUCGUGAGCCCCGGCGACGUGCUGCACGUCGAUAUCGGCAUCACGGCCAUGGGCAUGAACACGGACACGCAGCACCUCGGCUACGUGCUGCGCGCGAACGAGACCGCGCCCCCCGCUGGCCUCGUGCAGGGACUGCACAACGCCAACCGCCUGCAGGACUUUGUGCGCGAGGAGAUGGUGCCCGGGCGCACGGGGGACGAGGUCUUCUUCGCCACCAAGAAGCGCAUGGCGGACGCAGGGCUCAACGGCACGAUUUACUCGCACCCCAUUGGCGACUAUGGCCACUCGGCUGGCGCGAUCAUCGGCAUGAGCGACAUCCAGGGCGCCGUCCCUCACCUCGGCAGCAACAAGGUGCUCGAGAACUACUGGACUAGCGUCGAGCUCGCUGGCGAGACGUACGUGCCCGAGUGGGGCCGCGUGGUCAAGUUCCCGCUCGAGGAAGACGUCUACUGGAACGCCGACACCCGCACGUUCGAGUUCGUCUUUGGCCAGCAGACCCAGUUCCACCUCGUCCAGCCGGCCCGCGGCGGCCUCGGCUACCUCGCGGCCAAGCUCGGCGUCGCCGCCCUCUGGUCUCAGGCCAAGUAGCCCCUACAACUUUGCAGCAGUAAAACAGAUGCAACAGCAAGAGAAAGC